GCGGCCAGGCGGAACCGGAGCGAUGAAGUCUGUGUUUGUGACCGUCGGCACCACCAGCUUCGACGAACUCGUGGACUGCGUCUGCGCGCAAGAUACGCUGCGCAUCCUCAAGAGCCUUGGCUACAACCGGCUGCUCCUGCAGAUAGGUAGAGGAAAGGUGGUACCUGAAGUGAUCCAGACUCAGUCAUUUACUCUGGACGUUUACAGGUACAAGGACUCCUUGCAAGAAGACCUCCAGAAAGCCGACCUGGUCAUUAGUCAUGCAGGUGCAGGAAGCUGUUUGGAGACUCUGGAAAAUAGAAAGCCACUUGUGGUUGUUAUAAAUGAAAAGUUAAUGGACAAUCAUCAGCUGGAAUUGGCAAAGCAGUUAUACAAAGACGGACAUCUCUUCUAUUGUACCUGCAGGGUUCCGACUUGACCUGGGCAAGGUAACCCCCUUGCUUCUCCUGUUCCUGAGAAAUAUCAAGACUGCUCUACAACUGCCUUCUCCUGCCUGGGCUUUGUUCUGUCCGGAUACCUGCAUAAGCAAGCUUCUCUGCUACUCGUUCCUACCUGUACUCUCCUGUUUUCUUCUUGCUGCGCUUAUGUGCCUUUCUCUCUUCCCAUUUCUACCCCUGUGUGCACAAUGCAUAGAGGCUGGAAAAAAUACGUCGGCCAGAAGUCUCUGACUGAGGCAUCAAUGGAUGACUAUCUAGGCAUCUUAGGGCUGUUUCGAAAGCUGACUGCUAAGGAUGCCUCUUGUCUCUUUCGUGCUAUUUCUGAGCAGUUGUUUUGCAGCCAGGUACAUCAUUUGAAAAUCAGAAAAGCUUGUGUCUUAUAUAUGAAGAAAAAUCAACAAGAAUUUGAAUCUUAUGUGGAGGGAUCAUUUGAGAAAUACCUGGAACGGUUGGGAGAUCCUAAGGAAACUGCUGGUCAGCUGGAAAUGCGAGCUCUUUCUCUCAUUUAUAAUCGAGAUUUUGUUCUUUAUCGCUCUCCUGGAAAACCUCCAACUUGUGUAACAGAUAAUGGCUUUGAAAAUAAGAUUCUGCUCUGCCAUUCAAGUAAUCGUCAUUAUGAUUCCAUAUACUCAAAACAGUUUCAAUCAAGUGCAGCUGUUUGCCAGGCUGUGUUGUAUGAAAUUCUCUAUAAAGACGUAUUUGGCAUGGAUGAAGGUGAGUUGAAUACUGCAGUUGAACUAUUUCGAAGUGGUUCCAAGAAGAACAGAAACAGUGCUGUGACUGCCAUUGAAGAUAUUCAUGUUACCUUGGAUAAGAAUCCAACUCAGGAUAGAAGUGAAGAGUGUGAUGCCAGCAAUAACACUGAAAAUGCACCAGAGGGGUCCAGUCAAGGAACAGAAGUAGCAAAGUUUACAGAAAAUUCACCAAAGAUUCUCUUGCCAUAUAAGGUACUGAGGUCUCUGGAUCCAGAAAUUUAUCGUAACGUAGAAUUUGAUGUUUGGUUGGAAAGCAGAAAAGAGCUUCAAAAAACUGACUACAUGGAGUAUGCUGGAAGGCAGUAUUAUUUGGGAGACAAGUGUCAGGUUUGCUUGGAAUCAAGUGGAAAAUACUAUAAUGCACAUAUCCAGGAGGUUGGAAAUGAUAACAGUUCAGUAACAGUCUUCAUUGAAGAACUGGCAGAAAAGCAUAUUGUUCCACUGAGUAACUUAAAACCAGUUACUCAAAUGAUACCUGCUCCUGUAUGGAAUGCCAGUAGAAGAGGACGAGGUUAUCAGAAAAUGCCUGGGGGCUAUGUCCCAGAAAUGGCUAUGUCAGAGAUGGACAUGAAACAACAGAAGAAGAUGUUCAAAAAAGUUAGAGGGAAAGAGGUUUAUAUGAAUAUGGCUUACAACAGAGGAGCCCCUUUCCUCCCUCCCAGACUUCAGCACAAUAUUUAUUAUGGGCAUAGCCCUCCUUUGCACUAUUCACAGGAAGCUGCUAGCAAUGUUAUAGCGAGUGAACGUUUUCAUCGUCAACAUUCAUCUCAGAGACAAGGUCGUGGUUAUGUAACACCCAGCAGGCAGAAUGUGGUGGGUCCUAAAGUUGGUUUUCACUCUGGCCCAGGAAAAAAAUACUGCCAGAACUAUGAUAAUUUCUCUUAUAGAUCUCGUUCCUUUAGACGUAGACAAAUGCAUUGCAUGAAUAAGGAAUGCCAAUAUAGUUUUGUCCCAGGGAAUGGGCAAAUGCCCAGGGGCAUGGAAGAAACAAUAUCUUUCUAUGAAGUUGAAGAAGGGCGUGCUACUGCUUAUCCACCUUUACCUAGUCAUGGAGUUCCUUCUACAGUGGUCCCUGCUACUUCGAGAUACUGUGUUACAAGACGAGGACAUAGCGCAAGCAAGCAGACUGUAAAUACAGAUGGUGAGGGCCAGAGCGACCAUGGUCACUAUCCUGGAGAUUAUAUUUACCCUUCAGAUGCCUGUGAAACUUCGGAUGUUUAUGAAGUUUGUGAAUCUACAGCAAACUUAUCUCUUCAGGACAGAAGAUCAUAUUGUGUACCCCAUCAAGAUACAGUUACCUCAUUUGAUUACCCACAAACAGUGAUGGCAAAUUCUGCAGCAUUUGCAGCUUCAUGUGUCAGUAAUGUUCCAGCUCAAGUCAUUUCUAAUUCUGAAACAGCUAAUCAAGUUAGCAGUAUUACUUCAGUUUCCUCACAGGUUGCUACACAGCCUCUGUUUGUAUCUACGGCUAUGCAAAGCAGGGAAGUGAUUGCUCCACCAUGCUACCCUUAUCUUUCUACUUCUAUUAAUGGUGAAGCUGCCUCUUUACCACCACCACCACCACCUCCACCAAUUCCACCUCCACCACCACCUCCACCUCCACCUCUUCACCCUGCUGAAGUGGAAGAGACAUCAAACUUACCACCACCACUUCCACCACCACUUCCACCUUUUUCCUGUGAUCCAAGUGGCAGUGAUUUGCCUCAAGAUACAAAAGUUUUGCAGUACUAUUUCAAUCUGGGAUUGCAGUUCUGUCACCACAACUACUGGCAGUCCAUGGUUUAUGUGCCACAGAUGCAACAGCAGCAGCUUCAUGUGGAGAAUUAUCUAAUCUAUACUGACCCACCUCCAGUAGAUAAUUCUGUUCCUCCAUUGGAUAGUGAGAUGGAGAAACAGGAUUGCACACAGGCAGAAGAAGCAUCAGCAAAUGGUGUUCAUGUUGACUCAUCACUCACCGACUCACUCAAAGAAACUUCCAGUUUGGGAGGUACUUUUCCAAAUGGUGACCCUGUGCCCGUUCCUGCUGGAACAGUCUACUAUCCAGUGGUUUCAGAUCCAUAUGCACCUUCACCUUUGUCGGGUUUUGAUUCCUGCAUUCCAGUUCUGCCAGAUUAUCCCUAUGUUCCUCCCUGGCAUCCAAUUCGUACACCAUAUGGUGUUUCUUCUCCUGUUCAUGGAGCUAUGAAUACUGGACCAGUUGCUUACGUUGCUUCUCCUCCCUCAGUUACUAAUUACCUACCUCAAAAUAUGUGAAAUAAAACAGCAUAAACUUAA